CACCUAGUCUCGCAAGCAAGAGCCUCUCUGCAGGUUGAGCCUCACCUCGGAACUCUUGCUGUCAAACCUCAUGGAAAGUACCGAGCAGCAUCAGUAUCAGCAUGCUAAGCGAGAGCGAGCACCAGGAGGCAAAGAGCAGCAACACACCCCGGAACCUCCUCGGAGCAAGAAACGGGCUAAAUAUACGCAGGUUGCUUGCAACGAAUGCAAACGCCGCAAACUAAAAUGCAGCGGCGAGACCGUCUGUUCGCGCUGCGUGCGGGACCAGGUCCGUUGCGUAUAUGCGCCGAAUGCUCAUGCGGCGGGGUACACUUCGCUUCCGAAUACCCCUCGAUUUAGGGCUGAAGCGGGGGUGGGGAAGGAGACUAGCAGUGAUAGGAUCCUUUCGACACGGUUACGCACAGUGGAUUUGCAGAUUGAGGCGCUGCAAAGGGAGAUGCGGGCUAUGGCUGCUAGAAUGAGGGUUCUGGAGGGGCAGAAUGGGGGGCCUGAUGGUGGUGGUGGUGGUGCUGGAGUGACCACCCCGGCCAAUCACAUCCCCACGACCGUCUCGACUAUUUCCUCUACUUCGGCGCGUGCGGGCCUGCAUCGCAUCAUGAACCGGCCCAAAUCGCCCACCUAUAUCGGUCCGACGAGUGCGGAGUUUGGAAUUGUGGGGUCAGAGCGGAAGAGACCUCUGCCCGCGGGUGAUGCUGAGGGCGAGGAGGAGGGAAAUGAUGAUGAUGAUGAUGAUGGUGAUGACGAUGAAGACGAGGAGUUAGAGUCCACGGCUGCACCGAGUCCUCUUCCCGCUGGUGAUGGCGAUGGCGAUCCGUUACACUGUCUCGGGCUGACGGAGGCGUUGCGGCUGGUCACCGUGUAUGAACACACCGUGGGGCUGAUCUACCCCUGUGUGGAUCUGGACAGUGUGCGGGCGUAUGUGGUGGACUACUUUCGCGACGGGGGCCUGUCCAAGUCUCCUGCGGUCGUGGGCGCAGCUGAGGACGACUGGUUCUUUGCGCGAGAUGCAGAGGUACUGAAGAUUCUCCUUGCUACUGCGCUGUUGGCUGAGUCGCAUGGACGCAGCGAGCGGGCAGCCUUGCUGGCCGAUCGCGUGGAGGAUCAGUUUGGCACCCGCAUGAAGGUGCCGGAGGUGGAUAUGAAAGAGUUGUUGAUUCUAGUUUUGCUGUCAAUCUUUCAUGCCUACCGUGACGACGAGGUCAUCGCCUGGCGAACCAUUGGUCUGGCGGUGCGCGGAUCCAUGCAGUUAGGGCUGCACUGCCAGGAGACCUGGCUUAAGACCCGCGGCGUCUUUCCCGGCGAACUGCACCGCACCUGGGCCAGUCGGCUCUUCUGGUGCAUCUACGUGCUGGACCGCAAGUGGUCGUUCGGCACUGGCCUGCCUUUCGCCAUCCAAGACGCAGACAUGGACACCAAUCUCCCCGAGCCCGGCACCGCCACCCCCUACCUGACCUGCAUGAUCUCCUACGCCCGCCUGAGCUCCAAGAUCUGGGGUCUGGUCGUUGGCUGGCGCACACGGCCCCGCGCCGCCACCACCGACUACUGCGCCUACCUCGACUUCCAGGUUCAGCAAUGGAUCCAGUCUAUCCCCGCCGAACUGCGCUUCGACCCCUCCCACCGCGCCGCCGCCGCCGCCGCCGGCGGCGACUCCUCGACCCACGCAGACAGUAUGAUGACUCUGCAGGUCCUGCUGGCGCUGCAAGCCAACCAGCUCCGGAUUCUCGUCUACCGGCAAUAUUUGUUAAGCAGUGAGAGCAUCGCCGACAGCGCCGCCGGCGCCUCCAUCGCCGUGGAGACCGCCAAGAGCACCAUCCACAUGCUGGACUACUUCAGUCGCGUCUCCGAUAUCUACUACCAACGCCCCGAGCCCUUCAACUACUUUCUUCUCUCGGCCCUGGCCGCCCUCUUCCUGGCCGUGUUGCAUGCACCCGCCCGGUUCCGUCAGGUCUGUCGUCCGGAGUUCUAUAAGGCGGUCGAGAUGGUGAGGAGGUCGUCGACACGAGCACGAACCUCGCGCCGUCUGCAGAAGAUCAUACGGAGUUUGAAGCUCAUCAGGCUGAAUUUGAAUCUCGGCAAGGGCGGGACCAAAUACCUUUCGGCCGAUCGAACUCGCACAGGUCCCCCGGAGUCUCUUCCCGGUGGUGCGACCGCGGCAGCGGCAGCAGCCUUCGCGGACGCGCAGGGCUAUCCCCCAGCCCACUUCCCUCCGACCCAAUCGCAUCGCGCUGGAGCAGGAGUUGCCGCAGGGGCAGGAGCCGGAACCGGAGGCCAUCUUCCCCCCCAUAUGACGCAGAUACCCUGGUCAUUAGCCUCAACCGCCGGGCAUCCGGAUGGUUCCAGUGCGCCAGGGGACCACGGUCAGAACCACAACAGUUGUGAGGAUUUGACGAGUUUCUUUGAGAUGGCGGGCGGCUUGUACUUCGAUCCGCAGGUGCAGGGCAGUGGGGAGGGGGUGGCCGUGUUGGCGGAGGGGUUGGGGGGGGAGUCGGCUGCUGAGGAUGAGGCGUUGACGAGGGUUAUGGUGGAUCUUUUGUGA